AUGUAUUGGGGAUCUACCAUUACCCAUUUCCUUGAAACUACAAGUCCCAAAAAGAAAUUUUUGAUUACUGCAACUAACUUUUGUCCUCCAAAUUAUGCAUUGCGUAAUGGUAAUGGUGGUUGGUGUAAUCCACCUCAUACUCAUUUUGAUCUCACCAUGCCUAUGUUCCUCAAUAUCUCAAAGUAUCGUGCUGGUAUCACCCCUGUUGUUUAUCGUAGGGUGCCAUGUAGGAAGCAAGGUGGAAUAAGGUUCACUAUCAAUGGUUUUAGUUACUUCAACUUGGUUUUAGUCACGAAUGUCGCGGGUGCAGGUGACAUUACGAAGAUUAUGUUGAAGGGUACGAGGACUAACUGGAUAAUGUUGAGUCGUAAUUGGGGUCAGAACUGGCAAACCAACUCCGUUUUGGUUGGUCAUUCAUUGUCAUUCAGGGUCACAACUAGCGAUAAACACAAAUCUACCUCGUGGAACAUAGCCCCAUCACAUUGGCAAUUUGGUCAGAUAUUUGUUGGAAAGAACUUUAGAGUCUAAAUAGGGAAAUGAGGUGAUCAUAACACAGUAUGUAACA